ACUUUGGUACAUACAUCACGUAACUAUAGAAACCGUAGCAACUGUGGUUGCUAUACGCAACUGCUAUUAGUUUCCUAUCGCGUCUAUUCAUUAGUCAACCUCUUUAGAUCAUAGUCAAUCUGAAGAAUAAAAAGAAAAAUCUAUAUUAUUUCUUGAUUAAAUAUUCGCGAUGUGGUGGGGUUACAGUCAACCAUUGGACCUGAGGCAAGAAAUAAGGGAAAAUGAAGACGAUGAUUUAGAUGUACCUCUGGAAGUUUUGAUCCUAGGUUCGGGUGAUGCUCGUCAUAUUGUUAAAACUAUCGCAUCAGCCUACAAGCAUAAAAGACGCAGUAUCAACUUUCAUGUAAUAGAACCAUUUCUGGAACAAAUUGCAAGAUCUAUUCUGCUUUUGAGUACCAUCCUUGAAGUGGGAUUAGGACUACAAGAAGCUACAAGAUAUUAUUUGGAGUUGAUGGGAAACAUACUGUUAAGACCAGCAACAGCAAAAUAUUUAGUGCAACGAGUUCAGAGCUUGAUUGAUAUUCCAACACAAAGUGUGAACUGUCCGUGGGUGAACUUGGAAAAGCUUAAGCACAAGGACAGAGAUAGUUUGGAAUCAAUUUUCAAGUUUUGGAUAAGAGCAACUUGCGAAGGUAUUCCCAUUAUGGAAUAUUGGGAUCGCAGAAUACGGAAAGCAUUAGAGGUACGAUACGAUUGCCGAGAGGGUGUUUUUGACUGGGAUUAUCACAUGGUGUUGAAGUAUAGAGAAAAUACCAAUUUAACGCUCCAUGAGUACAGAUUUUGGAGAGGGACCGGUAUUGCCUUCACAUGGAUAGAAGGUGAACCUGCAAGGAGUAAUCCCACUCUCAUCAACAACAUUAUAAGUCAUGGGAAAGGGUUUAUACACUAUGCCUACAUGGGAGACAUUAAUGUUGGGCCAUACUUUACAUGGAGUUUGGGAAUUGAAAAAAAAAAAGAAAAACAGAGAGCCACCGACAUUGCUGAGCGUGAAGUUAUGCGUGCCAUACACGAAACUAGAUGUAAUGAACCCAUGUGCGAGGAUGUGGUCGCUGCUCAUCGAGAUCCGUCCCUUCUCAAUGCAGUAAUAAUAACAGAAAUACCAAACAAUGAUAUUGAACAGGAGACAUGGUCGACAGGUGAUGAGUAUGAUCGUCGGAAGAGAAAAAUUGUUUGGAAAAAUAUUCCGGAUUUCAAAGUAAUCUUUCAUCCAUUGACAGCUAUUAAUAAGUAUAAAAACAAGCAGGAAUUUAUACAGAAAUUUGACCUGAUCUGGAUUGCCCAUAACAUGACGAAACAUUUAUCAAAUGUGAUACCAUUGGCAAAGCUCAAUGCAAGAAUACUUGUGGAAUCACGAAAAUUCAUGGUAGACUUGCGAAAAGAAGAUUUGGAGAAAUUUACGAAAGAAUUGAUUAAUGAUGCUAAAGAGAAUGGAAUGGAGACCAUACAUAAGUUUGAUUCGGAAAAGGAUAAUAUAGCAAGAUUUCUCAAACGUAGUGUAGUGUCACAAGAAAUAAUUUAAUUUUGAGAAAUUGGGUGUUUUAUACUCCAUCAUGCUAAAAUCUGGCCCCUCCCAUCACACCAAUCAACCAGUAUAAUUCUAAA